AAAAAGAAAGCAAUUAUAUAGAAAAUUUGACCAUCACUCAUGUUCACACAAGUUAUGGUGACAAAGCUUAAUUGAGACAGAUAUAUAUAAACUGAAUCCCUAUCUACAGCUUGAAGAAGAAGAAGAAAAAACCCUAACUAGCUCUCUUCAUCUUCUGCAAACGCUAUCCAGUACCUUAUUAUCUUGUCUUAUUUCAUCGUUCCUUUUGCUCCAUACAUGCAUGAUUUAGCAAGAUAGCAUAUAUAUACACACAGACACACACAUAUAUAUAAAAUAAGGUAUACAAAGUGGAUCGAAGGUAUGGGAAGAGGCCCCAUCCAUCCGAUGAAUCGCAGGAGAAGGAGGAAGAUCACAUCUUUCCGGUCUACUCGGCUCGAUCCCAGCAAGACAUGACAGCAAUGGUUUCAGCUUUAGCUCAAGUUAUUGGCAGCACCCAUCGGAACCCUGAUGAUGAUCAACUUCAUGCUCAUAAUACUCCAUUGGCCUUGUCCCAAUCUAGCAACACUGAAGGAGAUGACCAGUCUCAACCAGUUCUUCAUCAAGAUCAAGGGAACCAGAGAAGAAGACACUAUAGAGGGGUAAGGCAAAGACCAUGGGGAAAAUGGGCAGCAGAAAUUAGGGAUCCAAAGAAGGCAGCUCGAGUAUGGCUUGGUACUUUCGACAAUGCCGAGGCUGCAGCCAUUGCUUAUGAUGAAGCCGCUCUACGCUUCAAAGGCAGCAAAGCUAAACUCAACUUCCCAGAGCGAGUUCAAGGCAGCACCACCCAAUUAGGACUCCUUACAAUCGGUCCCGAGUCGCAUCAACAACACCAACUGCCUCAUUACAAUCCUGCCAUGGCUCCUCCUCCUCCACAACCACAAGAAAUCAUGAUGACUCAACAUCCAAAUCCUUAUUUCUAUGCACAAUUACCUCAGGCUGGGAGUUCUGAUUUCAACUUCUCUGCGCCAAGUUACUAUGGCAGCGAUCAUCAUACGUUUCUUUCGCCUACUCCAUCAAAUACUUCUUCAUCGUCAGCGCCACAACAGCAGCAGCAACAACCAGAAGUUGCAAGAUUUCCUGCGUGGUUUGGAAGUUCUUUCUCCACUACUCCUGGCUCUUCUGAUCAAAGUGGAAGAGGAUAUGAUUCUCGUAAAAGAGAAUAGCAACCAUGCAUAUCCGUGUUUAAUUGCUUGAUGAUCAAAGAGAGGAAACCUUAAAACUUUGGCAAUGUUUUCUACAAUGUUCUUCACAAGUUUUGUUUUGUUUUUUCUUUUUUAAAUUUACUGUUUUUUAAGUUUGUUUUAUCGUGUUUACACUUUCUUUUCCAAUCAGGAUUUGGUUUGAUAUUUAUUACUAUGCAUGGAUAUAUAUUUGUGGUUUAAUGGUUCAAGUUUACAUAUAUUCAACACUA